AUGGCCGCGCCCUGUGAACAACAGCAUGUGUCCCGUCCGAAAGUUGGUGUUGGUGUUCUUAUCAAAAGCUCAAAGCAUCCAAACUGUGUUAUAAUUGGCAAAAGAAAAAAUGUCGACGGCGAUGGCAAUUUUGCUUUUCCUGGUGGUCAUUUAGAAUUUGCGGAGAAUUGGGAGGAAUGUGCCAUCAGGGAGACUGAAGAAGAAACAGGCCUAAAGAUAAAGAAGGUCAAGUUUGGUACAGUGAUCAAUGCAGUCAGCGUUGAAGACAACUACCAUUAUGUUGUCAUAUUUAUGGAAGCAGAGAUUGAUAUGUCGUAUCAAGAAGAACCAGUGAAUAUGGAGCCACAUAAAUGUCAAGGUUGGGAAUGGUGGGACUGGGACAAGUUUCCAUCAGCUCAGAAGCUUUUUUGUCCACUGAGAAUUUUCAGGGAAACUGGCUACAACCCUUUCUGCAAAAGUAGUGACAAUGCUGUUUGAAUGGCUUUUACUGGCAUUGGUCACCAGCACGGGUAAAAACAAAAUAUAUGUUUUGUCCCGAUGCAAAACUAACGUUUAUCGUUGCAGUACCCGGUACCGCUGCCAGCACAUAUGAUUCAAACUACCUCAAGCUACCUCAGUGGUCUACUGGAAAGCCUGUGAAUUUUUGUAUCAUAGAUUUCCAGAAAGACUAAGUUUACAGUGCUUUAUACACAGCGGGGUAAGGGUAAAAGCAAAAUGUAUUCAUUCCCAUUAUACUAACUAUGUCUACAUUUGGUUAUUGUUAUUUAUACAACACCCAAGCAGAUCCUUGCCAUUUGAUUGGAGGAUUGUCCGUCACGUGAUGGCAAAUAAAAGUACUAUUGCACGCUGAGUCGCUCAUCAUGCAUUUUUCAGUCCAUCCGAAAAGUACUAUUGCGCGCUGCGCUACGUGCGCGUGUCUUUGGUAACGCAGCAGUGUUAAUACAUGCAAGGCACAUACAUUCGGGGCUGCGUGUCUCAAAAUAGCUGAACAGAAUGCACAUUGUCACUUUUUAAUCCAACAGGCAGACCCAAAAGAAACGGGUGUAGUUUCACAAUUAAAAAUUGUACGCUUUGUUUGUUUUGAAAGUUGUAUCCUCCACUCAAAAUGACAAAGAUCUACUUGGAUGUUAUAUAAAACAACUAAUGAAUGUUGUUCAUUCGUGAUAGUGCAAAUAUGUUCAUUUGUUGAAAGAUGGAAUGUUCCAUUCAACUCGGCUCCGACGCGUGAAUAGAACAUUCCAUCUUUCAACUCGUGAACAUAUUCGCACCAUUGCACUCAUCCACAUUUAUUAUUUGCAUACUAUACUAUAUAAAGUUGUAUUCUUCAUACUAAUAUAUUUUUAGUUAUAUCUUUUUUUUUAUAUUGUGUAAAGUAUGUUAACCAAAUUUGUAUUUUCUUUCCAAAUUCACCUGUCAUCACAAGGUAAAUCUUGUUUGCAUGUUCCCAUUUGUUACUGUACAGGGUGUUUAAAAAAAAAACCUACAUGUACACACUUUUGAAAAGGCUGCUGAAUAAAAAUAUAUGAUUCUGGGGGAAAAGGUUUAUAUGUAUGGAUAGGUAUGGACUCAACUUUCACACGACACCAAUAUAUGUAAGUCUGAAAAUAGUUCAUGAUUGGGUGAGCACUGCUCACUUUUGUAAGGGGUAUGAAAAUUAGGUUGAACAGGAAUUA